UUUUAAGAUGAAGCUGGUUUGAGCUUUUGCUAUCAACAAGGAUGACUGAGUAUAAAGGUUCAUCUUCACUCCGUGUUCUAUUACUUGUCUUUGCUUUCAUUGUUGCCGGAGGUGAAGCUCUCCCGCCAACACAGAAGGAAAAUUGCACAUAUGUGGUAACAAUAGAGACGACAUGCAUCGAAGGCGCCGAGACAUCAAACAGAAUCAGCUUGAGAUUUGGCGACACAAAGUCAAAUGACAUCACAGUGAAACGCCUCAAUUCAAAGCACGUUAGAUGGGUUGACCCAUUGGCGCCGGACGUUCUUGACGACGUGCCAAGAAAGCCAUUUCAGGCUUGCAUGGUGGACCGGUUCCAGGUUAUCGACCAAUGUGUGGAGUCACCCAUAUGCUACCUGUACUUGAAACUUGUCGGAGAUGAUGAUUGGCGGCCAGGUUUCGCUCAAGUUCAGGUGGAGGAUGGAUCCCAUCUCAGCUCACGAUAUUUUUACUUUUGCCGGUAUUUGCCUCGACGCGUGUGGCAUGGUUCUAACAUGUGUGAAAGGGUGAUUACUCCUUUUGGGUUCAGGUGGAGGAAGGUAUUGUCGCCAUAGGCAAAGUUUGUUGUAUUUUUCAUUUUGGUAUAAAUUAUGUGAUCAUCUACUUAAAAUUGUAUACUAAUUACUCAUGUAUUUUAAAUAAUAAAAUCUCAAUAAGACUACUU